AUGUCACAACCGGUGAACCCGGCCACCUCUCCGAUAGCCGCUGCGACGUUAGCGGAGCGGGAUAUCAAGGAGGAUUGUGCACCAGCCGUAUUGCUCAGCCCGUCCACCGAGAAGGACGCCUUCCCCUCAUCUUCCGCAACGCUGGGCCGUGGGACAGCCUCGUCUUUGACGGAGUCGGGGCACGUCGAUGAUGAGGACCACACUCUGAAGAAGCGGCCAUGGCACCCGCGCGUAACACCGUGGUCCGACAUUCUGCAGCACGAGUACAAGGGUGCAGGCACUGAGGCCGACCCGUACAUCGUCUCCUGGCUGCCGAACGACCGCGAGAACCCGAUGAGCUACAAACCGUCGUACAAAUGGUUCAUCACCGUCAUGGCGGCGACGGGAACGCUCGCCGUCUCCAUGGGUAGUUCCAUGCUCUCAGCUGCGGUGGAGGAUAUUAAGAAGGACUUCCCCGGGCAUAACACCAUGCUUUACAUUAUGAUCACGGGCAUCUACGUGCUCGGCUUCGUCGUCGGUCCCCUGCUGUGGGCACCGUGCAGUGAGGUAUUCGGACGCCGUGCGAUGUUCAUCUUCACGUAUGUGCCGUUUACGGCGUUCAACGCGGGCGCCUGCGGUGCCAAAGACAUGAACACGCUGCUCGUCAUGCGCUUCUUUGCGGGCACGUUCGGAUCCUCGACUAUGACGAAUUCAGGCGGCAUCAUCGCCGACAUGUUCGCUGCGCACCAGCGUGGUCUGGCCAUGGGUGUGUUCUCUGCCACUCCGUUCCUCGGACCCGCGAUCGGUCCCAUCGCCGGUGGAUUCCUCUCAGAAGCGUCGAGCUGGCACUGGGUCGCGGCCGUGAUCGCUCUCUUCGCUGCACUCCUCACUGCUAUCGAAUCCCUGCUUCUGCCGGAAACGUAUGCCCCUGUUCUUCUGCGGAAGCGUGCCGCGCGCCUGACGAAAUACACCGGCCGCGUGUACCGCUACGAGAAGGACGCGGCGGGGACACUCGACAUCAAGGCGCUCUUCCUCAACCAGCUCAAGGUGCCGUACAAGCUGCUCUUCACCGAGCCGAUCGUGUUUGUCAUCUCGCUCUACAUGGCGAUCAUUUACGCCAUCCUCUACAUGCAGUUCACGGCGUUCCCGCUCGUGUUCCAGGGGUACCGCGGCUGGAGCUCCGGCACGAGUGCGCUGUCCUUCAUCGGCGUGAGUGUGGGCGCCUUCAUCGCUCUCGCGUAUAUCAUCUUCUGGGUCAACCCGCAGUACGCCCGCCAGCAUGCCAAGCUGGGAUACCUUCCCCCUGAGGCGCGCCUGCCUUCUGCGACGAUUGGAGCCAUCCUCCUGCCUGUUGGCCUGUUCAUCUUCGCCUGGACUUGCGUGCCCAAGUCGAUCCACUGGAUGGGCCCCAUCAGCGGCACGGUGCCUUUCGGCGCCGGCAUCGUCCUCGUCUUCCUGGGAGUGAGCAACUAUCUCGUGGACAGCUACCUCCUGCUCGCUGCCUCGGUCAUGGCUGCCGGAACGGUCGUUCGAUCCAUCCUCGGUGUCGUCUUCCCCCUGUUCACCGUGAACAUCUACGACGCCAUGGGCCCGCACUGGGCGGGAACGUUCGAGGCGCUCCUCGCUGUCAUCUUCGUCCCUGUCCCCAUUUUGCUUUACCGCUAUGGCCGACGCGUGCGACGCAUGACCAAGGCGGGCCGCGACGCCGACGACCUCGGCAUUCAGAUCACGAAGAUGAUGCAAGCGCAGGCGGCCGCGCGUACCGCCGCUGCGCCGACCGAGCUCGAGCGCCAGGAGUCGAGGCGCAAGGAGGAGGAGAUGAUGAGCACGACCAUGGUUGCGGGCGAUGUCACCUCUGCAGGUGACUAUGCGAGGGACGAGGAGGCCAUAAUCGAGUCGACCGCCCCAAGCCUGCGUGCCGAGAGCAGGGCGAGCACGCACCCCGCAGGAGAGGUCAAGAAGCCAGAGUAG